CAGGUUUGUUAUGUUUGUGCAUUAUGUUGAAUUUCACUAGUCUUUGACAAUAGUGUCCAGUGUCUUCAGGUUUGCUGUCUGAAAUUUGUGUAUAAUUUUCAUAUUAUGUUACCAUUCGUGUUGAGAUCUAUCAAUUAAGCAUGAAUUUAAUGUACAAUUAAUUCUCGCAUUUUUAUGGCCCGUAAACUGAAACCCAACACGACGAAUGAUCUUGUUAUCAGUAAAGCUGCACAUGGACAUGGAUUGACUUAGUCAAGAGGCUGCCAUUCUGUGGCGUCAUUCACGAGCCUCCAAGUGUCAGAUGUUUAGGCUACAGACACUGUCUUUCGGGGAAAACCCCCAGUUUUAUGGGAGACUUUGGAACGCAAGGUGGCAGCAGACUUAUUACCAGAUUCCAUUGUUUACGUAUUUUCUGAUUGCACACAUUACCGAGAACAAUGGAUCAACUUGGUGAGUAUGCUGCCACCAAGCGUCUUAAAAAUCUUCCUUUGAACUGGGUUCUUUGAAUAUUAUAUUAUAUUAAACUAAGUUUUAAAACUUAAAAUCGUUCUUUGAUUAGGUUUGAGUUUUUAAUAAACUUAUUAUAAAGUAGUGGCUUCAAUAAUAAAGACUUGAUGAGAAGUCGUUAAAAUGUUUCUCGCGGUGAUAAUGGCUCUGCACUUCACUCUCGCAAGACUGCUUCUCAAAGCGACUAGGCGAUUGGUCAGUUUACGACUUGUACACAAGUCUAGUUUCAAUCGUUUGGGCGUUUGUGUAACACUUGAGGGCGCCAUAUGACGAUAGCGCUACAGUUUGUUGUGAAAUGAUUUUAACGUGACUGCGACAUUUAUACCAACCUGACAUUUUGAUAACUUUCUGAGGAACAUCAAAUAAUCGUCAUGGGAGAUAUUGAUGCAACUGCGGUGGUGAAGCGCGCCAGAGAUGCCUUCAGGGCCGGUAAGACAAAGUCAAUUGAGAGUCGUAGGAAACUCCUUCAUGACAUGCUUCGCAUGGUCACAGAGAAAGAGCAGGACUUUGUGGACGCCAUGCAUAGAGAUCUCAAGAAGCCAAGAUUUGAAAGUGUCUCGUAUGAGAUUGAUUAUUCAAAGAAUGAAAUCAUCAACACCCUCAACAACCUUGAUGAUUGGACAAAACCACAAAAGGUGGAGAAGCCAUUGCAUAUGAUCAGAGUGCCAGCGUAUGUUCAGCAUCAACCCUAUGGAGUUCUGCUAAUCAUUGGUGCUUGGAAUUAUCCACAUCAACUGACCAUCCAGCCCCUUAUUGGAGCUAUUGCUGCAGGCAACACGGUUAUCAUCAAACCUUCCGAGAUUGCUCAUGAAUAUGCAACGUUGUUGGCCAAGAUCAUUCCACAAUACUUCGAUAACGAUUGUGUUCAAGUUGUGAACGGCGGAGUCAGCCUUACUACCAAUCUCUUGAAGGAGAAGUUUGACCACAUUCUUUACACCGGUAGUAGUGGUGUAGGAAAGAUCGUCAUGAGGGCUGCUGCAGAUCAUCUCACACCGGUGACCCUUGAACUAGGGGGUAAAAGUCCUUGCUUCAUUGACGAUAAUGUUGACGUAAGCGUCGUUGCUCAUCGACUCAUUUGGGCAAAGAUGAUGAAUGCCGGACAGACUUGCAUAGCACCUGACUAUGUCUUGUGUCAUCGGUCGAUGAAUGAGAAGCUGCUUAGUGCUAUAGCCCAGACAAUCAAAGAGUUCUAUGGGGAGGAUCCCAAGACCUCCCCAGACCUGGGACGUAUCAUUAAUGAUCGACACUUCCAGCGUGUUCUGGGCUUGACUAAGUGUGGAAGGAUAGCGGUAGGCGGAGACAGCGACGCCUCCCAGCGAUACAUUGCGCCAACGGUUCUUGUCGAUGUCAAAGAGACCGACUCUGUCAUGCAGGAUGAGAUUUUUGGACCUGUGCUUCCAAUUUUCAACAUUGAUGAUGUCGACGAAGCUAUUGAAGUCAUCAAUUCAAAGGCCAAACCUCUAGGCCUUUAUGUGUUCUCAAGAAGUAAGGACGUCAUCAGGCGUUUCACUGAAGAGACAACAAGCGGAGGAUUAGUCACCAAUGACUGCCUCCUUCAAGCCUCAAUUGAAACUCUACCAUUUGGCGGUGUUGGUGGCAGCGGUAUGGGUGCUUACCAUGGAAGAUUCUCAUUUGAUACUUUCUCACAUAAACGUUCUUGUGUGAACGGCAAUCCAGGGUUGGAGAAACUCUUCAGCAUGCGUUACCCACCUUUCUCAGAGCGGAAAAUGAACUUGAUGCAGUGGUUGCUUAACAAAAAGCUGAAGAAUCGAUUCCUGAGCUUUACUUUCAAGUUAUCGUUACUUGCAGCCUUGGCAGGAGUUCUUUUUAUGAUAUUGGACAAUUUCAACAAGAGAUAGUAGACUUGAUUGGUGUACUGGGAUACAGAUGCAUUGAGAGUCAACCUGCUGGCAGUCUGCGCUUAAAGGGAAGGUACACGUUUGGUAAUUACUCAAAAUAAAUAAAAACUGACUUGGUAACAAGCAUUGGAGAGCU